GAGCUGCGUUACAACAGGAUAAGGCAUUGCUCAAGAUUUCUGUAAUGGUCUUUUAAACCUAUUUUCUUUCUUUAGGGAGUUGCAACUUCUCUAAUAAAAGCUCUGCAUGAAGUUGGCAGCCUUAAGCCAAAGUUUCCAUUCCUAAGUGUGAAAGAAACUGCUCUGCUUUUUGUCUCCUUCCAUCUAAAAGGCACCUCCUGUAAUAUUCAUAAUUAAAAUGGCAAAAACAACUGAUCCUUCUGAGAAACUGAUCAUCCACUCCAAAGCUCACAAAGAUACCAUUCUAGCUAAUUUUGAGGAACAAAGAAAAAAGGAUUUUCUUUGUGACAUUACUCUGAUAGUGGAGAAUGUGCAAUUUAGAGCCCAUAAAGCUUUGCUGGCUGCCAGCAGUGAAUACUUCUCAAUGAUGUUUGUAAAUGAGGGUGAAAUAGGCCAGUCAAUUUAUAUGUUGGAGGGAAUGGUGGCAGACACCUUUGGAGUUCUGCUAGAAUUUAUUUACACUGGUUGCCUCUGUGCCAGUGAGAAAAGCACAGAACAAAUCCUGGCUACUGCACAGCUGCUGAAAGUAACUGACUUGGUCUGGGCCUGUACAGACUACCUGGAAAGCCGCAGCCCAGGUAGUGCAUUGCCAGCUCCAGCUGAAAGUGUAGCCUCUGUUGUUGCAAGUGACAGGAAAAAUGAUGAUCCUCCAAAGCGAAAACGGGGGCGGCCAAGGAAAAUCAAGAUUGUCCAAGAAGAAGAAGAAGAAUCAGGAGCAAAUUCUGCCGAAGAUGGGCAGCUGAGAGAGAACAACUCUAUGCAAAAUGAGCAAAAUUAUAUGAAAAAAGACACUGAAGUAGAAGAAACAGUUGCCAAUGAACAGGCUUCAGUGAGGAAGGAUGGAGAAGAAACUGAACCUGCUUCUGGCUCAGAGGCUGCUGUUGAUCUAUCAGCUGAGAAAGAUGAAAACUACGAUCCCAAAUCUGAAGGAAUACAGAGCACUCAGAGCCGUUACAGCAAACGUAGAAUAAGGAGAUCAAUCAAACUAAAAGAUUACAAACUUCUUGGGGAUGAGGAUGAGAAAGGACUGGCAAAGAGAGCUGAUGGAAAAAGAAAGCGUGUGGGUUCUGAAGCUCGCUGUAAAGACUGUGGCAAAGUAUUUAAGUACAAUCACUUCUUGGCUAUUCACCAGCGAAGCCAUACAGGGGAACGCCCUUUCAAAUGCAGUGAGUGUGGCAAAGGCUUUUCCCAGAAGCAUUCUCUUCAAGUGCAUGAGCGGAUGCAUACCGGGGAACGGCCGUACACGUGCACCAUUUGCAGUAAGGCUCUGACAACAAAGCAUUCUCUUCUGGAGCACAUGAGCCUACAUUCAGGGCAGAAGGCUUUUACCUGCGAUCAGUGUGGGAAAUACUUCAGCCAAAAGAGACAGCUCAAGAGCCACUAUCGACUACACACAGGCCGUUCACUGCCGGAAUGUAACCAGUGUCGUCGCAAAUUCAUGGAUGCAGCUCAGCUAAAGAAACAUCUAAGAACACACACAGGUGAGAAGCCCUUCACUUGUGAGAUUUGUGGCAAAUCAUUUACAGCUAAAAGUUCACUUCAGACUCACAUUAGAAUUCACAGAGGAGAAAAGCCAUAUUCUUGUGAUAUAUGUGGAAAAUCCUUCUCUGAUUCCAGUGCUAAGAGAAGACAUUGUAUCUUACACACAGGCAAAAAGCCUUUUGCCUGCCCAGAAUGUAGUUUGCAGUUUGCUCGUCUGGACAACCUGAAGUCUCAUUUGAAAAUUCACAGCAAGGAAAAGCAGUUUCAGGAAGGCAGCGCCGCCCCGAGCACCAACGCUCAUCCGGAAGAAGUGCGAAACAUUCUCCAGCUGCAGCAGUACCAACUUGCCACCUCGGGAGGGCAGGAAAUUCAGCUGCUGGUUACGGAUGCAGUACACAACAUCAACUUCAUGCCCAGCCACAAUCAAGGCAUCAGUAUUGUGACUGCAGAAAAUGCCCCCAGCAUGACCACAGAGCAGGCUGCCAACCUCGCGCUCCUUGCGCAGCCACCGCAGCAGCUGCAAAACUUGUUGCUUUCAGCUCAGCAGGAGCAAGCGGAACAAAUUCAAAGUAUCAAUGUGAUUGCAAACCAAAUAGAGGCUGCCCAGCCUGAACAAAUGCAUGUCAUCACUCUUUCCAAGGAAGCGCUGGAACAUCUCCAUGCUCAUCAAGGACAAAAUGAACAAAUCCACUUGCCGGGAUCUUCACAUCCAGCUCAGCACGUGCAGCUGGCUCAGGAAUCAAGUCAGCAGUCUCACUCUAACCACGACUCAGUUCCUUCCCAUCAAGUCAGUGAAGAACAGAAUCAAAGUGUACUUGUUUCUGAAUCCCAUCAGCAGCCUCUGUCAGUAAAUGAGUCAUCUCCUGAGCAUCCUAUCGAGGGACAGGCUUUCUGAAAUGCUUGUUUGUCAGCAGACGGCUAGGCCAGAGAACACUUCUCAUCCCAGCAGGGAUUACACGUGUCACAUGUGGGUUUUUUGCAACAUAAGCUAUCCAAAGAUGCAUUUCUUGGUGAUUUUGGAUGAGUGACUCAAUUUCCUUAACCAUAUUUAUUUUAGACUACUUUGUUUUUCUGGAUUGGUAUUUCUUUACCAUACUUAGUCCUCACAAGUAUCUCACAAGCAAUUAAUGUGGGGUUUUGUGCCUCAUUCACAUAUCUGCCUCCUGAGGAGAUAUUUAGCCCUUAUUUGCAUUUCUGAGUGACUCUCCAGAGAAGUUCACCUGGCUGGUAGGAGAACAAUGUUUAGGACAUCUGUGGAUCAUAAAGUACCACUUCUUUGACAAAUUUAACAUUAUACCUGAGCUACUGUCAAGCUUAAGACGACCAGUACUUUUUGCAAAGCUAACACCAUAUUUCUUCUGUUUAAUGAGCUUUCUGGAGGUUAAUGUAUAAUUAUGUAAUCAUUCCCUGAAGUGCAUUAUGAGUUACUGACUACCAAAUUCAUUUGGUUUGGGUUGAAACUGUCUGCAGCCUUUAACUAGCCCUGAAUCUUCCCUCCUGUUUACUGUGUGCUGUCCACAUCUUGCUCCUCAGAAACAUUUAAGCCAUUGCACUUGAAUAGUGGCAAUGAGAUGCAAUGGUUACACUGGAGAACUGAAACCCCACAGAUUCUGCUCUGUUAGUUCUGCCACUCACUCUGUGUGUGACUGUGGGCAAGGUAGUUGACCUCUGUGCCUUAUUUCAUCAUCUAGUUAGUGGGGAUAGUGUUCACACACUCUGCCAAGCACUUUGAAGAGCUCUUGAUGUUGAAAGCACUGUCUCUUGAAGUGCAAAACCCUUUUUCUGACAGGAUUCUGUCUUAAGCUUAGGAGCCACUGUGUAUUUAAAGUGUUAUUUUUUGUACUUUUGAGAGAAGAACAUAAUCUUACUUUAAUAUAUGUUAAGACUGGUAAUUGUUUAUGUGAGAAUUCAAACAAUGAAGAGCAUCACUUCAGAGCUUAACAAGUUACAUAAAUGGGGCACAUCACUUUAAGUUGUACAGCUAUUUUUGUUGACUAAAUUAGAUGUGUACAGAUUGUUUUCAAUGACUGACUGCUAAGAAAAAAGAUUUAACAUCGUAAUAAAAUGCCUUGCCAAAAUACA